AUGCCCCAUAGACACAAUAAGCUCAAAUUGGAGUAUUAUUAUCCUUUCACCUUGGCCCUGACCAUUGUUCCACUGGCUUCAAGUAAAGAGAUAAAUAGGGUAUAUGGACCAGAAAUGGAAAAACUAGUCAUCAGAGUGCAUCAAGACUGGGAUCUAACAAUUCCGAAGCAUGGGUUCCCACAUUGUGUUCUCAAAAUGUAGCCCUACUUCUGGCAUGGCGAUGUUCCUUCCAUAAGUUGUGAUAAAAAUAUUUUCACCACCAAACUAACCUGGGAAAUCGCAGUUACUUAGCGCAUUCCUAUCACGAGAUGGUACAUUCCUGGUGUGGCCUGAUAAUGAACUAACGUCGUGGUAUUUUUUUUUGGACGUGUUUAGUUACCCGCGCAAAGCCUUUGAAUUUUGAAAAAAUCCCACUAAAUUCUACUAGCUCGAAUAUUCCUGUCAUAAAAUAAAAAAAUCUGAAAUGUAGUUUAGUGCUCCUACUAUAUUGAAUAUAAUCACAAAUCACAACAUAGUGACUAUAAUCUUUAUCAUUCGAUCUAAAAUAUGAAUACUGGCGCCAUCUCAU